UCAAUUUGACAUGGAAGGUGACCCCACAAAUGUUAGCAAAGCGGUGGCAACAAAGUGUGGACGGAGCUUAAGCAGCCACACCUACAGACUACGAAAAAAAUACCUGAACCUUAAAAGUGCUAAGGGAGAGGAGUAUGCUAGAAGCCACCCACCGCCUGAAUGUGACCUCGAGAAAUGGAAAAACUUGAUUGACAAGAAGUGGAAUGAUACCAAUUGGCUGAAGCAAUCAAAUGCUAACAUUGACAAUAGAAAUCAAUUGAAGAUGAAGCAUAGGUGUGGGUCAAAAUCUCUCCCAGUUAGGGUACACGAGGCGACAAUUGCAAAUGGGGGCAAAUUGCCGGAGUUGCUAUGUGUUUACAAAUCUACACACUUUAAUGAUGUCACAAAGCAGUGGAUUUCUCCGGAGUGCGAAGAGAAUUAUGAUAAUAUGAUAAAGAUCCAAGCUGAACAUUGCUCCCAACCUGGUGUGGUUCCAAUUACUCCGGAGGAGCUAUCUGUGAAGGUGCUAAAGCCAAGGUCGAGAUAUGUUAAAGGACUCGGGUUGAGGCGUUCCUUCUCUGUCAGGACUACCAGUGCUUCGACUAACAGUGACUAUGUGAGGCGUCUAGAGAUGGAAAUACAAGAGCAAAAUGAGGAAAUUCAGUCACAAAAAGAGGAAAUUACAGCACAGAAACGUGAAAUUCAAGUACAAAAAGAGGAAAUUCAAGCACAAAAUAAAGAGAUAGGGAAGAUGAAUGGGUCGAUUGACGAGCAUUUUGAGAUCACAUCAAGCAUCAUGGAGUUUCUUAGGAAGCAAGGUUUCAAAGGACAAUUUAGAGGAUGAGGUAUCCCAUGAACUCGUACAUUGCCUUUUUGG